CACGUGCUUCUACGUGUGCUCCUGCAUGUACUCUAUUUAAUGCCCCUCAGCAAUGGCCUCUACAGUUGUGGUCCAGCUGGGCCAGUGUGGUAACCAGAUAGGACCUCAGCUCUUUUCCCUCCUCCUCUCAGAUGCUUCUGCUACCUGCAAAUCCCCUCCUCUCUCCUCCUCCUCUAAUUAUUAUCAGAAAACCCUCAGUAGAUAUUUUCACAAAAAUGAUGGCAAGAAUACGUUAAAAGCAAGAUCAGUUCUCAUUGAUACUGAGCUAAAGGUCAUAGAGUCCUCUCUAACGGAAGCAAAGAGAGGAGGAGCCUGGGAGUACGACUCCUCCAGUAUAUAUAAAGGACGUCAAGGCUCUGGUAAUAACUGGGCUCACGGGUUUUAUCAACACGGACCGGCAGCUCAUGAAGGGAUUUUAAAUGCCGUGCAGAGAGAAGCUGAGAAAUGUGAUAGCCUAGAAGGUUUCUUAAUACUGAUGAGUGUAGCAGGUGGUACAGGGUCUGGAUUAGGUACUUAUGUAACACAGCUGCUCCAUGAUGAAUAUCCCACUUCUUGUCUAGUCAAUCCUGUUAUAUGGCCUUAUGCUUCUGGUGAAGUUAUUGUUCAGAAUUACAAUGCUCUUUUAACAACAGCCUCACUGUACAGCUCAUCUGAUGCAGUGAUACUCCUACCCAAUGAUCACUUACAUAAAGUGUGUUCUAGACUCCUUCAUCUUAAAGAGAUUAGCUUUAAAGAUCUCAAUAAAGUAGCUACUCAUAUUCUAGCCAGCAUUCUUCAACCAGCUGUACCACACAGCUCUUCUUGUUCUGCCAGAGACUCAAGUUUACUGAGUAACUGGUGCUCCUUAAGUGACCUCUGUACUUCACUCACCCCUCACUCUUCUUAUCGGCUCCUCUCAGUAAAGUCCCUCCCUCAAAUGCCCGAGCGUUCCCAUGCCUACACUAAUUACUUGUGGGCGGGGUUGAUCAAAUACUUACGUCAGAUGUUAUCGACGGAUUCUUUUAUUGAAGAGGGCAUGGAUUGGUCGCCAUCACCGGGUAAAAACUUAAAUAAAACUCUCUCAAAUUUAUUUAUAUUCAGAGGUAGAGAUCUUCAUGAACUUGAUCCCAGUAAUCUACUCUCAGACCAGUCAAUGUAUUCUAAUUCUGUUCCUCCAUCAAUGAGACAGUGGGUGUGGUCUAGUCCACACCCCUUCAACCAUUAUGAGAAGAGUUGUACUGUCAUAUCAAACAGUCAGAGUUGUCUCCAAUCUCUUAAUACAGUGACUGAGAAAGCAUGGAAGAUGUACAGUUCACGUGCGUAUGUUCAUCAAUACUCACGUUUUGGUAUGUGUGAAGAGAAUUUCAUGAAGAGUUUUGUUGAAGUUGAACAAAUAAUAAAAGAUUAUUCACUAAUAUGAUUGUACUGGUAAGUAGUCAUAUAUAUUUCUUGUACUAUUUUAUUCAUUUUUAAGAAUAUUUUUGACUGCCUUUUGAA